UAUAUCUCCCUGAUUCGACCAUUCCGCCUUGUCCCAUACCUCGCUAAGAAUGGAACCAUCCUACGGGUGGCAUCAUUCCCGCCGGAGCGAAGAUGCUGGGUGUUCACGUCCCACGGAAAGACAUAUUCAGAUGACGCGCCGGAUAAAUGCCCCACCCAGAGGCCGUUACAGCCCAGAGACCAGUAUAGGUCGAUUUAAAACUGCUUAAUGAGAUUCUCGAAGGACAUCACAGACAGCACACCCAGAUCUUUACUACCAUACAUAUCAGACAACUACGACAUCAGCUACGCGAGUGUUUCCCUCAUCUUCGUUGCGAAUGGACUCGGCCAUCUUGUUGCCACGCCCCAGGCUUAUUUUGUAGUCCAGAAAGUAGGCAGGAUAGGGGGGCGUACAUAAUUUUUUAAGCCCUCAUGGCUAUGAGUUUCUUGAUUCUGGCCUGCCAUCGUGGUUUCCCUGUUACCGUUGUCGCAUUUUGGUUCGUUGGAAUUGGCGAAGCCCUCAACCUGGCUCUCAAUAAUGUCUACUGUGCUACGCUCCAGGGCAGAAUAUCGGCCUUUAGGGCUUCUCCACGACAGCUAUGGUGCAGGAGGAACC